UUGGAUCCCCUCCGCCACCGCCGUCGCUGCCGGAUAAGGAAAGAACAAUGCUUCGGAGCGGCGGAGCGCGAGCAACCACGGCGGCGGCGGCGCUGCUCUCCUCCUCCUCGCCGCCGCCGCCGCCGUUCCGUCUCCCCAGACGCUUCCUCUCGCUGACGACCACCCCUUACCCGCUCUACUACGACCUCAUCCUCUACCGCCCCUCCGACCCCAAGCCCCCGCGAUCCUCCGCCGCCGACCACCACCACCGCACGCCACCCGACGACGAGCAGCAGCCGCCGCAGCUCGACCGCGCCAAGCGCCGGUACCUCCGCAAGCGCCGCAGCCGCCUCCUCCCCGACCCCGACGCCUCCAAUGCCAAGCCCUCGUCGUCGUCGUCGUCGGAGAACGUCGAGCUCAAGCCGGAGGUGGUGGACUUCCCGCGGCUGCACGCGCGCGAGGAGGCGCUCUACUUCCACGACGCGUUCGCGCUCCCCUGGGAGAAGGACAAGCACUACCGCAUGCUCUACCGCCUCGAGAAGAAGUACUUCCCGGACCAAUCCCUCGACAACGCCUUCGUCCCCGCCGACGCCGACGCCGACGCCGACAAGGGCCUCGUCUUCUUCGACGACGAUAAGAAGGAUGACGAGGGGGAGGUGAAGAAGAAGGGCGGCGACGAUAAAGGGGAGGUGUUGGAGAGAAAGGUGGAGGAUUUCUUCAGGUCGUUGAAGAAAGGCCCUGGCCAGGGCGAGGCGAAGGCGAAGAAGAAGGAAGCUGAGCCUCCUCAGGUGAAGCCGGAGGAAUGGCCGCAGCCGUAUCUCGCUAGCAGGACGACGGAGCUGCCGCCAAGGUGGAACGGCCCAACCGGGACCGUCGUGCUCAUCGACAAGCCCAAAGGAUGGACUUCAUUUACUGUUUGUGGAAAGCUGCGGCGAUUAGUGAAUGUGCAAAAGGUCGGGCAUGCUGGUACUCUGGAUCCAAUGGCAACUGGAUUGUUGAUUGUUUGUGUGGGUAAAGCAACCAAAGUGGUUGAUAGAUAUCAAGCAAUGGUCAAAGGUUAUAGCGGUGUUUUUCGACUUGGAGAAGCUACAUCUACUUGGGAUGCAGAUUCACCAGUUAUUCAGAGAGAACCAUGGGAACACAUUAAAGAUGAACAUAUUAGAAAGGCAGCAGCAUCAUUCAUGGGUGAGAUAUGGCAGGUUCCUCCAAUGUUUUCUGCCAUUAAGGUUGGUGGUGAAAAAAUGUAUGACAAAGCAAGGAGAGGUGAAUCAGUAGAGCUUUCACCAAGGAGAAUAUCGAUAUACAGUUUUGAUAUUGAACGCAGUUUAGAAGAUAGACAAAAUUUGAUAUUUCGAGUUACUUGCUCAAAAGGAACAUAUAUUCGAUCCCUCUGUGCGGACUUGGGGAAAGCACUUGGAAGUUGUGCCCACUUAACUGCCUUGCGGAGAGACUCAAUUGGUGAUUACUCAGUCAAUGAUGCUUGGAGUUUCAGUGAGCUGGAGGAACAAAUUACAAAGGGAUAUCUAUGAUAAUUCGUCUGUGUUCUUUGGCAAGAUUGUAAGCCAAGAAACACCAUGGUCCAGGCCUCACGGAACAAUAACCUGCUUUCGAUCUAUCAUUGCAGGCAACUGGUGGAGUGAGCCCUCAUUUCGUAGUCGUUGAGUACCGAGAAUCUAUUAACCAAAAAUCAUAACGCCCAAAGUGCAGAUACAUUGGUAUAAUCUGAAGAAUUUUGACACCAACACCUACUCUGACAUUUCGGACUAUGGGUGUCUCCUUGGGGAUCAAGGAAUUCAUUUAGGAAUCCCUGAACUGAUGUGCGGCUGUUGUAGUUUUAGGUUCUGCAACGUUGCAAUCAUACAUACUUGAUAUGGAACAUUGUCAAAAUCUGAUGAAAUGGAAUGUGGUUAUACUUGAUUAUUUUCUUUUCAUUCUGCUAUACUAGCAUCUCUUCUUUAUUGAGACAGUUUCCAGUCUCAUGUCUACUUCUUAUGCACCAAGAAAUGGAAUAAGCAGUUGUUUGUC